GAGAGAGAGAUAGAGAGAGAGAGAGAGAGCUUUGUCUCCUUUCGUCGCCAUUAAAGGAGCUUCGAGGUCUCAGCAGCGCUCUCUCUUCUCUUCUGCGAUGGGAUCUCGCCACGAGAAAGAUAAGGCCGUAAACGUUCAGGUCCUCUUGCGCUGCAGGCCAUUCAACGAUGACGAGCUGAGGAAUAACGCGCCGCAGGUCGUGACCUGCAAUGAAUACCAGAGAGAGGUUGCCGUCACGCAGACUAUCGCAGGGAAGCAAAUUGAUAGGGUUUUUACGUUCGACAAGGUCUUUGGUCCCUCAGCUAAGCAGAAAGUUCUUUAUGACCAAGCAGUGAUUCCAAUUGUAAAUGAGGUCUUAGAGGGUUUCAACUGUACUAUAUUCGCUUAUGGUCAAACUGGCACAGGGAAAACUUACACAAUGGAAGGUGAAUGCAAAAGAGCUAAGAGUGGGCCUAAAGGCCAGUUACCUGCAGAUGCGGGUGUCAUACCAAGAGCUGUCAAACAGAUUUUUGACACGUUAGAAAGUCAAAAUGCUGAAUACAGUGUUAAGGUUACUUUCCUAGAGCUGUAUAAUGAGGAAAUCACCGAUUUGCUUGCUCCAGAAGAGUUGUCCAAAAUUUCUGUGGAGGACAAGCAGAAAAAGCCAUUACCUCUCAUGGAGGAUGGUAAAGGAGGUGUGUUGGUGAGAGGCCUAGAGGAAGAAAUAGUAACAAGUGCAGAUGAAAUAUUUUCACUUCUAGAAAGGGGGUCUGCAAAACGCCGUACUGCAGAGACUUUAUUAAACAAACAAUCCAGUCGGUCACAUUCUCUAUUUUCUAUUACCAUUCACAUCAAAGAGGCAACUCCAGAAGGUGAAGAGCUGAUCAAAUGUGGGAAACUAAAUUUGGUUGACCUUGCUGGGUCAGAGAAUAUUUCUCGUUCAGGUGCCAGGGAGGGUCGCGCAAGAGAAGCUGGAGAGAUAAACAAAAGCUUACUUACUCUGGGCCGUGUCAUUACUGCUCUUGUGGAACAUCUAGGACAUGUUCCCUACAGGGACAGCAAGCUGACACGGUUACUUCGUGAUUCACUGGGUGGAAGAACUAAGACAUGCAUAAUAGCUACUGUAUCACCAUCUGUACACUGUCUUGAGGAAACCCUUAGUACACUAGACUAUGCUCAUAGGGCGAAGAAUAUAAAGAACAGACCUGAGGUAAACCAAAAAAUGAUGAAAUGUACAUUAAUCAAAGAUCUCUAUGGAGAAAUUGAGCGUCUAAAAGCAGAGGUGUAUGCUGCUCGUGAGAAAGUUGGAGUUUACAUACCAAAAGAACGCUACCAUCAAGAAGAGAGCGAACGGAAGGCAAUGGCAGAACAAAUUGAACAAAUGGGGGUCUUGCUCGAAAACAAUCAAAAGCAAAUUGAGGAUCUACAAGAAAGGUAUAAUACUCAACUUCAACAGUCUGAUGACCUGAGCAAAAAGCUUGAUGCCACCGAGAAAAGUUUGGAGCACACUAGCAAGUUAUUGGCUGCUGCCAGAGAAGAUCUGAAGCAAGCUCAGUAUACUCUGAAGGAGAAAGAUUUUGUUAUAUCAGAGCAGAGGAAAGCAGAAAAUGCUUUGGCACAUCAAGCCUGUGUUCUGAGAUCCGACUUGGAAAAAUCUCUACGUGAUAAUGCUUCAUUGUUUUCUAAAAUAGCUAGAGAAGACAAACUGAAUACUGCCAACAGAUCUAUUGUGAACAAUUUUCGGGCUGAUCUUGCAACAAGGGUUGGAACACUUUGUAAUACUGUUGUUGCAUCCUUGGAUCGGCAAAAUGAACACCUUCAGUCUGUUGAGAAACUAUGUCAAUCUAGCCUUGAUUUCCAUGACAAGGCAGUAUCAGAGCUGAAAAGGAAAGUGUCAGCUUCAAGAGCUUUGUAUACUUCCCAUAUGGAAGCACUACAAAAUGUAGUGCGUUUGCAUAAGGCAAGCAGCAAUGCCAGCUUAGAAGAGAUGUCAUCCAUGAUUUCUGCCAAUACCUGCUCUCUUGAUCAGUUACUUGCCUUGGGGCAAAGCGAAGCAGAUCUGAUUUUUAGUGAUCUGCAAAGCAUAUUGUCAAUUCACCGAGGAGAGAUUGCAAAUUUCACCCGUGAACUUCGUGAGAAAUUUCAAGUUAAUUUGGAUCGGACAAAGGAGAUGUCCAAUUUUAUUCUUGAGCUGCUUGAAAAGAUAGGGAAGGGAACAAAAGAAUUUCAGAAUGACUCAACUUUGGUACAUGAGGCUCAGGUGAAGAGCAUUGCUGAUUUCCAAAAGGCAUAUGAGGUACACUGCUUGCAACAUGUUAUUAUCCAGUACUGCAAAUUUGUCUUCAUAGAGCAUCUAAUCAUUGAACACUGUAAGCAGGAACAAUCUAGAUCAGAAGAAGAGAAACUUUUAGCAGGCAUAACCAAUUUAGUGUCCAGUCACAUGCGCCGGCAGAAAGAACUGGUGGAAGUGAGGCUCACUGGACUGGGAGAUGCUGCUCGAGAUAGCAAAGCAAUUAUGGAUAACCAUGCAUCAUCAAUGGACAUCGUCACAACUGAUGCUAAGAGGAAGUGGGAAGAAUAUUCCAAGCAGGCAGAGCAAGAUUCAGAGGACGGUUCUAACUUUUCAGCAGCAAAACAUUGUCGCAUGGAACUCAUGCUCCAACAGUGUGUAAACUCUGUUGAUGCUACUUCUCAACAGUGGAAGAAGACACAUGCAUCUGUUAGUGAGAUGAGCAGCAAACACGUUGCUGAAAUUGAAGCACUUGUAAGGAGUGCCAUUGAGAGCAAUGAUCAGCAUGAUGCUGAGGUUGCUUCAGCAAGAAUGGCAGCAGAAGAGGAUGUAGCGAAAAAUAGCAAAGAUGUUCUUCAGCAUUUUGAUACUGUGAUUGAUCAUGAGCGCAACUCAGCCGCUGGAGUGAUGGCAGCAGUCGAAGCUCACUCAGCAACCCUGCAUAAACUGCAAGAGGAACAAUCAAGCCAGGCAACAGAGAUUAAUAGCCAUGCGGAGGACACAUUCCAAAACACCUACAUGGACUAUGAACCAACGGGAGAAACCCCAACAAGGUCGGAACCAGAUAUACCAAGCAGGGGAACAAUCGAAUCUCUUCGAGCCAUGCCGAUAGAAGCCCUCCUUGAAGAGUUCCGGGAGAACCAUCCAUACGAGUCCAAGGAGCCCAAACCGUCUCUCAUACCACGCUCUCCACUCGUCCAGCUCAACUGAUUGAUACCUAUUCGACCUCAAAGCAUCAUGGAAGUUGGGUUUUUCUCCCUCUAUUUCUUUGGAGUUCCUUCCCUCAUUUCACGUACUGUAAUUUUAUCAUCUGCUGGUAUAAAUUUAAAGCCAGGGAGGGAGCUAACUUAGCUCCCCAUUCUAUCCAUUUGUACUAUUGUGAUGUAUGGAAGAAAGAGAAAACAAAGCAAAAGAGUGCAAUAUUUGUGUGACCGCAA